GCCGUUCCUUCCUUCCGCGCGCUCGGCGGCGGCGGCGCAAUUCACUGGUACGGUUUGGCUCCUCCCUCCCCGCACUCCGACAACCCCAAAGGUGCUCGCUGGCGGCAGCGCCGCCGUAGUCCCCGUCGAAUCGAAACAGCGUUCCGUUCCGUUCGCAAGGUCUGCGCACCAGCCAUGUCCGCGCACCCCGGCGACGCUCCCCUCACCGCCGCCAACAAUAUCCAGCCGUUCUUCGUCCUCCACAAGGCAGCCGCGGCCGCCGCUUCGUCGGUGCCGUCCUCCCGGACUCGGCGGCGGAUUGAUGCCUCACUCCCGUCUUCCCCCAACCCCAAAUCGGCGAAGAGGCCCCGUGAUGUUGAUGCGCAGGAUGAGGAAGACUCGGAGCUGUACGAGCAGCUCCGCCUGGAGGCCUUCCACCGAAUCUGGUCCAGGAUCCAGUCCACUAUCGAUGAGGUCCUCAGGGGCAUCAACCUCAAGCUGUUCGACCAGGUGCUGCAAUGGGCGCAGGAAUCAUUCUCUGCGAUCCGCGCCGUUGCAAAACCUUGCCAUGAUGAAGUCCGGCAGCCGUACCCUCUCCUAACCGAUGUGAUCUGCAGAAGGAUCCCGACUGCGUUUGUUCUCACCAAGAAUGCAGAGUCUGUUGAUGACAUCACAACGUUUCGGGAUCUCGCGGGGCAUCUCCAGUCCAGUGGAUGUCACCUGGCCAAGCUGUCAGCAGCUGAAUUGUCAGUGAAACAUGGAAUUGGUGGUUGCUUUAGGAGCCUGUUGAGGCAGCUACUAUCAGAUGUUCCAGAUGUCGCUGAUGUAUCUGCACUGGCGUCUUGGUACUGUGAAGCUGAGAACUAUGAUCAGCCUAUUAUUGUCAUAAUUGAUGAUUUGGAGCAAUGUUCCGGUGAUGUGCUGGGAGAGCUUGUGAUGAUGCUGAGUGAAUGGGUAAUUAAAAUUCCAAUCUUCUUCGUAAUGGGGAUAGCAACUACCCUUGAUGCACCUAAGAAACUGCUCUCGUCAGAGGCUCUGCAACAAUUAGAACCCUGCAAACUUACCUUGGGCUCUCCCUCAGAUAGAAUGAAUGCACUUGUUGAAGCUAUCCUUGUUAAACCAUGCGCUGGAUUCUGCAUCAGUCAUGAAGUUACGAUGUUCCUCAGAAAUUACUUCUUUAGGCAUGAUGGAACAAUAACUUCUUUUAUUAGUGCUCUCAAGCUUGCAUGCAGUAAGCACUUCUCCAUGGAACCUCUGAGCUUUUUGUGCAUGGGAGUACUUGAGGAAGAUUGUGAGGAAUUUUGGCAUGAUAAAUUUGAAGCGCUACCUCAAGUGAUACAGAAAUACGCUUUUGCUCUUCCCUCAUGUACAAGUGCAACAAACUUGAGCCAUUCUAGCAACGACAUGGUAAAAGGAUUGUCUACGCUACUGAAAUUGCAAAAGGAUUGGAGUUCUGUUCUCUUGUGCCUGUAUGAAGCUGGAAGACAUGACAAAGUGCAGCUUUUAGAUAUUUUCUGUGAGGCAGUCAACCCAGAUCUGCAAACUCAAAAUGUAUCAAAUCCUGAGCCGCCGGUCUCUAAAUUGAACAUUGAAAAAUUAUCAGGAAUGAAGUCGGGAUCUGGUAAAGUAUAUAUGGCCCAAGUAAUGAAUGCCAUAAGGUACCUGCCAAUGGAAACUUUAUUACAUGUACUUGAAGUUUGGAGCAUCCAUUUAAGGGGAAUGAGUGAGAUCAAUGACAAAGUGAAAGAGCUUCAGUCAACCACAAUUGAUGCAGAUAGUGCGAGGGCCACAAAGGAAAAGUGGAAUAGGAGAUCAACUGGCAGUACUGGAAAUGCGACAGCUCCAUUGAAUGAGAAAGUUGCCUUGCUAUUACAGGACAUUACUAGGAAAUAUUUGGUGCCUGUUGAGUGUUUACCUUUUCAUGAAAUCAUCUGCUUCAAGAAUGUUGGUGUUCUCCAAUCUGCACUGAUUGGAAAUCCAAGAAGAAUGGUUCAACUUGAUCUACUGAAGUCACAGAGCCAUCUGAAAUGCUCUUGUUGCAGUAGGACUGGAACUGCUUUGUCAGGAUCCUUGCAUGACACAUCAAUUAUGUGCAAUCUAGCCCAAGAAUAUGGUGAUGUAAUUAACCUUCAUGAUUGGUACAUAUCCUUUGAGGGAAUUAUCAACAGCAGAAAUUCAAAAGUCAAACGGAAAUCAUACAGUUCUCCCUCAAAAAAGAAAUCAAAAUCCACACCUCCAGAGAGUGAAGCUAUGAUCCAAACAAGAUUCUGCAGAGCUGUUACUGAGAUGCAAAUCACUGGCCUCCUUCGGAUGACAAGCAAGAGAAGACCUGAUCUUGUGCAGAGAAUCACCUUUGGUCCUUGAUGAUUUUGUGUUGGCAUGCUACACAGAGGUGGUGAAUUCGCUACACAUGGGGAUUGGAAUGUUCCAAGCUGAGCAAGCUAGAUUAUCUAGGAACCAAUGGUGCUUUUCUAGCUCUAAUAUGGCUUUAUUGUUGGAGUCAGUAGGCUCACGAUAGUAUCUUGUAAAUUAAACCUUUGUGGAAAGUUCAACUUGUAUGGGUACAUGUAAAGAGUGAAGUGGCUCAGGAACCUUAGAAUGUAAGCAACGAAAUGAAGCAGCGGCCACUUGGGAUUCACAAUUGCUGACAA